AUGACCGACCUCUCUAGGAUCCCAUUUAGGUUGGCAGCACUGCAGGCCUCACUCCGCGAGAUCGCCAAAAACUUCCUCUGCAAGCGAUGGCACCGGGAUCGGCAGGCUGACCGUAUAGGUCAACAGUGGUACGAAGCAGCUGUUCGGAACCAGGCUCAGGCACAUAGUGCUGCCGCGGACAGUCCACGUUCGCCUCCUGCACCGGCCGUCCCGCGCCAGACACGAUCCGCCUUCAGACGAGGCCCUUCGGAAUCGGACCGGCCCCAUCGACUCCUUGAUCACAGCGAUCACCAUAGCGACCGAGAAGCCUCGCCAGCCCAUUUUUGGACUGGCUCUGGGCCAGCCGAGCGAGUUAACCGACCGACUCAUCCCUAUGUCACGGCCGCGAUGCUGCGAGCGAAUAAUGUUCCAUGGCGCGUUACUGUGGCUCAACCGGCCAUUCUUUCGCUGACUCCUUCUACCUGGGCUGGCGGGUGCAAAGGACUGGCUCACCUUGCUUAUACACAAGAGUGGCUGGAAAAGCGCGAGACUGGACACGGCACUUCGUGCUGUAUAUGUCGAACCGAGACCGCCUUCCAUGCCCUGUACCGUGGACCCAGAGGCCCCUCGCCCGAACCCGAAGAAAGUUUCGUCGAGGCCAUCGCAGAUAUCUCGUCUAACACAGGCACGAUUGCGCCAUCAAUUGACCCUCCCCGGGCGGGAGUGCGGCUCGCCCAGCCAGCUGAGCCAAGGCGGCGUCACCGGGGGUCCGCAGCGCCGGCCGCCCAAGAAGGUGUCCGUCGAUCGGCCAGGCUGGCGCAAGUUCCUGCCCCACUUCGUCGAUCAACCCGCUUUCGCGAGAGCGAAAUGUGA